AUGUCAACAUUUGAACACGUCAUCUCAUGGAUUAACAACAAAACGAAUUACGUAUCAACGAAGAGGUACCCCCACAACUACACGCAUAUCAAUGAGGGACUACAUGAAUUUAACCAGUUGAAAUCUGACGUACAACAAUGGCAACACAACGUUGAUAAUGUCGUUGCCAAGUCUAACGAUUCAAAUCAGAGGAGAACAUUACUGUCAGCGUAUGAGAAACUUAAGACUCUGAUCAAGAAGAAACUGCAUUGCCUGGAGACGAUGAUGAGAGUCUCGCAAUUGGAGGAAAAUAUAAACCAACUUUCGUGUAACUUCGAUCGGCGAGCAACUGAGUUGAGUGAACUUGUUGAAAAUUGCGACGACAACAUCAGCAACAACAACGACAAUAAUAAUAACAACAAAAAUAACAACAACAACCAACAAUUCAGCAGCAGCAGCAGCAGCAACUACAACAUCGCCGGCUUCAUCUCAACAUCCGCUCAGGAUUGCAUAUUCGGUCUGCGUGACAAUUGGGAGUGGUUAGCCGAGGCGGUCAGAUGCUCGUCCAUCCAUCUGAAACACGCAGCCGACUAUCACAAGUUCUUCCACGAGGUCGAAGAAACUUUUACCUGGCUAGAUGGGGAUUUGAAAAAAUUUCAAGGUCACUUCGAGGUUAACCAUCCAUCGCGGGAGGACCAGGGGCGCGCUGGCGACCCUCAGGACAUUAUAAAAGAUAUUGACGCCGUAAAUGUGGCAUUGAGACAGUGGGGGUCAAAGGUUACGAGAAUAUGGAACGAUGGGAACAAGUUGAACCCCGUACCCCAGAGGGUGAAUCUUCUUUUUACCCCCUUACCUGCUACUGUACUUACAGAUUAUGAAACGAACGAGAUAAAAGUGGAAAGAGAAGAAGAGAUAUUGUUACUGGAUAACAGCCAAUCAGAUCGCUGGAAAAUAAAAAAUGGGCGUGGCCAAGAAGGGUACGUGCCUUCAUUGGUCAUCGUGAUUCCGGGACCUGAUAAAAAGUGCCAAGAUGCAGCUGACAAAUUACGACUGCACCUUCUUGCAACAUGGACCAACCUUCUGAAGAGAGUUGGGGUCCGACUUAUAUGCUACACCAUCACAGCUUUCCAGCCAGAUUACAAUGAUGAGGAGAUAACGGCCCUGAAGCAGAUGAACGACAUAACUAAAAGUGAACUUUUGUCCGUACUGACCAGGGUGGAGGAGGCCCUCAGAAAACAUUGGGCCGACCAUGAGGGAUUCGUCAGCAUUCAGGAGAGGGUGUCAGCUCUGAGGAUGAUUCUAGAAGAAAUGGGAGAUGAUGAAACUUCAGAAAAUUACAAAGAUAUAUGUAGGACGAUGAUCGUUAAGAUCAAGACACUCGGUCAGAUUAUAAACAUCUAUCAGGAUUUGAACCGCAACUGGGAAAAGUUCAAAGUUCAAAUAGAGGCCUCACAGGCUCCUGACCUCAUGAUGAUUGUGGAUAAGUGGGAACAGCUACAGUUUGUCAGCAGGGAAUAUUUUUCGAAGUUCUGGAAAAUGAACCUACCCCUGAAUGAACACGAACGCCGGCUGAUGAACGCACGAACAUUCACAAUGGACGGCAUUCAAUUUGAAGACGCCAUCGAGAUGUCCACCGCAGCUGCAACUUCAUCAUCGGCAUCUUCAUCGUCAUCCUCACCGGCGCCAAACAUACGACCACAAUCGGCCACAAUCACGAUCGUCCCAAAGACGGCAGUCCACUCGGCGAAAAUCAAACUGGCUUCACUGGACGAUCAGAUCCAAUUUAACGUCGGUCUCCCACAAGAAAACCACGUGACUUGCGCUAGAAUCAUGGCGAAAGCUACCUUCCCGACUGUGAGAUUUACCGUUGAUCUCAAUCAAAACCAGCAGACGAUUGGAGACGUUGAAACCAGGGAGUGUGGCUUCAGUGAGACGAAAGUUGUUGAGAGUAGAGUAAUUAAAUGUCCGGAAGAUGGCAGAGGGGGUGCUGGGGGCCAGGAUGCUGUCGAUCACCUUUUCAAGAAGUUGGAAGCUGGAGGGUUCGAUGAGACCUGCUACGCACUCUCGAGUCAUAGCUACUUCAAGGGCGACAACAACAACGCGACAGACUCUGCAGCCACAUCAGCCACAGCAGCAACUGACAUCAAAAUAGCCAAUGAGAAACAUGACAACAUCAGAAUCAACCAAUCCACCCAAGAAUUCGGCUUCGAGGACACUCACGACUUAACUACAACCACCAAAUUUGAAAGAAGCGGUAGCGGUAGCAACAUUGACCACGUGGAAAAUAGAAUCACAAGUUCUGGUCGCCAGCUGACGCAAGCUGGACAAGUUAGAUCCAGUGAAAGUGGAGAAAAGUGGUCAACUGAUGAUGAUGCAUUCUCGCUCAGUAGAGCUUCAGGAAGUGAUUAUGAAGGUACGGCUUUCGGCAUUGCUACAGAAACGAAGACGGCCGAGACAGAGGAGUUGUCGUCUGCUGAAGUUGAGGAGAGCAAGACGUUCGUGAUUGGAGGCGUCAUACAUCGAGGAGCCGACCAGACUGGAAAGGAUGACAAGGAAGUAUCCUUACAAGAUGCAAUCCUGCUUGGGAUUAUCAUCCCAGCCGAUGGGAUCUACGUAGACGGAAGGACUGGCAAGAGGAUCGCCAUUGCGACCGCCAUGUCAGACGGAUUCAUCCGUGUGGUACACUGCAGAACAAAACGGUCGAAAGAAAAAUUUUCAUCCAUUGGCAUCAUCACCAUUAAGACGGUUCGAGAGACGGUUCGACCGUACACCGUCCUCUGGGUGAAAAAUACGUUGACUGGAGAGAGUUUGGAACCUCGCGAGGCCAGCGCGAAAGGAAUACUCGAUGAAAAGUUGGGAUGCUUCAUUGAUGCUAGGAAUGGAGAUGUCCACAUGCUGGUGGAUGCCGCCGAAAAAGAUCUGGCCAAACUAGAAUACCCAGACGAGAGUAUCCCAGAGCCAGAAACCAUCAUCAAAACGUACGCAGUGAGGGCCGUGGUGGACAGGCGUCUGAAGAAGACCGUCACUUUUCACGAAGCCGUCAAGAGGGGGCUCAUCGACAGGGACUCAGGGGCCUUCAGGGAUACAGUAACAGGCGAGUACAUGUACGUCGGUGACGCCAUCAUGAGAGGUUUCUUGAAAGCCCGUCUCAUUGAAGAUGCCUCUGGUUUGAAUAUAGACCCUCAAAAUAAAAUGGUCAUUGACAAGACGAAAAAAAUUCGGGCUAAGUUGCUGAAUCCGCUAAAAGUCAUCAGCGCGUUUAAAAAUGCUGCUGCCGCUGCUGCCAAGCGAUCGAUGAGUAGUGUUAGUAGCGACGGAGCUUUGGAGAAGAAUGAAGAUGCUAACGCAUCCACAGAAACCACUCCUCUUCCUAAUGAUGUUCCUGUUACAAAUGAAGUACAUGCAGCUGGUGGUGAUGCUGCGCUGGGAAGAAGAGCAAAUUUAAGCAAUGGUGGAUGGAGUGUUGAUGAGGAUGAAGAUAAAGAGGGGGUUGGCACGGUUGAAAGUGGAGUUGAUAGUGUGGCGGGGGAUAGCGGAGUGGACGCUGGCGAGUCGAGAGAUGCUAGCAUCGGUUGAUGUCAUGAGAUGUCGUAAUGUGAUGUGAUGCAAUUCGUUAGUUCGAUGCGAUACGAUGUAAUGCAAUGUGGUGUAACUUUUUGUGACUUAACUGUGCGGAGAAACUGAUACUUUAAUGGUGGGGAAGAAGAUGAAGAUGAAGGAAGAAGAUGAAGGAAGAAGAUGAAUUAGUAACCUGCCAGAAGCUAGAAACAACAGUACGUUUAAAAAUAAUUCAAAUAUGACAAGGAUAUGAUGACGACGACGACGAUGACGAUGACUUAGAUGAUGACAAAAAAUAAUAUUUCUGCUUGGAAAGAAUUGAUAAGCCUUUUUUUCAUCAUGUUAUUCGUACAAAUUGAAUAAUUUAAGUUAUUUGAAUUAAAAAGUUUUUUGUCAACUAAAAGGUUAAAAGACCUUAACAUGCCUUCAAAAAAACAAAGAAAUACAUACAUUACAGAACAUACAUACACAAACGUAUACACACACGUAUCAAAUCUUAAAUAAUUAAUCAAUUUCUAAAAUAAUGUAGCCACUUAUAUUUUUUUAAAAAUAUUAUCUUAAUUUAAUUUUAAUUGUAUUUUUUCAAAAUUAAACUUUAUUAAAAUUAUCAAAAAUAGGAUCUGAAGUUAUUGAUUUUUUUUAGAGGGAAUUUUUAGUGUACCUAUGUAAUUUUUGUAUUAUCAGAGACGUAUUGACUUUUUUGUAUCAAAAAAUAACUUUUUAUGAAUUUUCAAAAUUACCUUUUGAGUUUUUCCCUCAUAUUUUGAUGUCAUUUUUAGUGUUUUAUAUUUUUUUACAAUUUAUAUUUCUAAAACUUGUUUUUAAAUGUUUUUUCUAUUUAAACUUUUAAAUAAAUAGAAGCCAAUUUUACUGAAAAAUUAAAAACAAUUUAUAGUUUAAUUUAACUUUAUACCAUUUAAAAUGUUUAAACGAGCAUUUAUGUACCUAAAAUGUCAGUCUGAAACGUUAAAAACAGAUCUUUGUUUGAUAAAUUGAUGAAAUUGAAUCGAAUUUAUUUAAUUAUUAUAAAUUUAUUUCGUUAGACUUUGACUAAGCAUUUUUAUAGAAAACUGCUUAAUCAUCUCAAUUUUUAUCUAUAAAAGUUCAUUUGGCAUGUUUGAUAAUUUAUGAAAUUAUGAAUCCAAAUCGUAAAAGUAUAAUCAUCUUUUUUGGUAAAUUAAAAUAUUAAACAUCUUUACAAAAAU